AUGGCAGACAAAACUCCACUCCGCUCCUCCAAAUCGCCAUCAUCACUCGCUUGCUUACCAGAACCGCCAUGGAUCGUUCUUCAUAAGUAUGACGAUGAUGUCGGGUUUCGUUUUCGCACUCUUAAAGGCAAGAUUUACCACUUGAAGGACCCUCCCGGGAAGUUACGCCAUGCUGAUGUUAUCUGCCUUGGAUCCUCUCACGGAUGGCUGCUUUUCUUGAGGAACAAGGAACAGAAACAGCUCCGGCCGCUGCUCUUAAAUCCCUUAUCUGGGAUUCAACUCCUUCUUCCAUCUUUCCAAACUUGUCCACAUAUAAUUUCCAUCACAUACCCUAAGAUCCCGACACGCAUCGGGCAUGCGUAUUGUAGAAUCAAAUCCAACAAAUGUAUUCAUACUAAUCCUAUAACACCAGAACGUUGCUGUAUGGGCUCAGUGGAGGAUAUGGCAAGAAGGAUUAGCAAAGUUGUUCUGUCUUCGAGACCGACUUGCAGCAGUAACCAAAACAACAAUGAUAAAAUUGUAGUCUUGGUGAUGUACACCUUCAAAAAUGGCUGGUUGGAGCAAGACCAGAUCAAUUUCCUUGCAGUCCAUUUUCUUAUGUUUUGUACCACUACAGAUGGUACGUGGAGAAAACUUGGCAAGCAAGCACAGUACAUUGACAUUACUAGCUCCAAUAAUAAGUUCUAUGCAUUACGCUUAGAUUUUUGCGUCCAUGUCUGGGAUUUCCCUGAUUCAUCUCCUGUUAAAAAGUUGAAGAUCCGACCUCAUAACGCGUCGGCGAUAGUUGAACAAGUGAAAAAUAAAGAUCAGCUGCACAGAGCUUACAUUAUCAAAACAGGGGAAGAUCUGUUCCUAAUUUUGAGGAUCUAUGAAAGUUGGAGCCAUACCGCGGAUAAAACAAUUUCGUUCCGUGUUUAUAAUCUGGGUUUGAUAGAUGGUAAAUGUGGAUGGAUGGAGGUGGAAUCGAUUGGCAAUUGGGCGUUCGUUUUGGGUUCGAAGCAGUCCACGGUGAUGAUCUGCUCCGGUGAUGGCUCAGAGUGGGAGGAGAAUUCAAUUUACUUCACAGAAAUGCCUUACCUUAAAGGUCAUUUAGGUGUGUUCAACUUGAGUGACAAAAGAGUGAAAAAAGUUUGUGAUCUUCCACAGAGGCCACCUUACUCACCAGAUCUUUGGCUUGAUCCCAAGUUUUAG